AUGAAUUGGUUAUUUUUGCUGCUGCCGUCAAUGCUCCAUUUUGCGUCUUCAUAUCGGAUCCUCGCUGUGUUCCCGGUGGUCACCAGGUCCCAUUACUUGACUGGACGUAGGAUUAUCUUCGGGCUCCUGAAUAAAGGACACGAAAUUGUAUCCAUUAGUCCCUACGAAGAAGCCGUUAACUUGGUCAACUUCACAUGGGUGCCAGUGGAGGUGAAGUCGAUUUUUGAAUCAGUGCCAAACCUCGAGCAGGAGAUAAACAGGCAGUACAAUUUCUUCAGUUACCAAUCAUACGUGUGGCGGACUAUGAACAUUUACGCGAAUCACAUCAUUAAUCAACCAAAGCUUAGAGACUUUAUAGAAAAUGACGAAUCAAGAUUCGACCUGAUAUUAGCCGAGGAGUUCUUCCUGCCGCUAUUCUACGCAUUCGCGCACAAGUACCGCGCCCCCAUGGUGAUCACAACCCCCUAUGGCGUAGCUCAGUACGUUAACGAGUUCACCGGAAACCCGUUGGAGAUGUGGCGGGCUACGCACGAGUUCCUCGAGCUCACCGUAGCGCGAAAUGCCUACGAGAGGGCAAUGAACUUCGUGUGCACUGUGUUCGACAUAGUAGGCAGGAGGCAGAAGUUGGUUUCCUAUCAAGAUCGCCUUGCGAGGGAUGUCUUCAAAAACGUACCGAACCUCCCACACUUAAGUGAUUUGGAGCGAAACGUUGAUCUAGUACUGGUCAACUCGCACUUCAGCCUAAUGGAUGUUAUGCCCAAUUUGCCGCACGUGAUUGAGAUCGGCGGUGUGCAUAUAGAGGACGUGAAACCUUUGGGAAAGGAGUUGCAAUCACUUCUCGAUGGCGCCACCAAAGGAGUCGUUUUGUUCAGUUUCGGAUCGAUCUUGAAUCUGGAUUCGCAAUCCGAGGAGUUUAUCAACAAGACGCUGACUGUACUCGGCGAAUUAGAGCAAAAAGUGAUCGUCAAAUGGGAUUCUAAGCGAAAAAUUUCGGGGGCCUAUAAGAAUAUAUUUCCCUACAAGUGGCUGCCACAGAACGAUGUUUUAGCGCAUCCCAACCUGGUCCUAUUCAUAACGCACGGCGGUCUAUUGAGCCUGUACGAGGCGGUAUACCAUCGGGUGCCAGUUGUCUGCGUACCGCUGCAAGCGAGCCAGCCGAAGAACUGCCUCAGGGUCACCGAGAUGGGGUUGGGCGUGCAUCUGAAGACCGAAGGUUUGACCUCUGCGUCUUUCAAGCAGGCCGUGGUAACGGUACUGAGCGAUCCCACUUACGCAGCCAGGGUCGCAGCGUUAUCCGCCAGAUUCAAGGACAGGCUAAUGCCCCCAUUGGACACCGCGGUCUACUGGAUCGAACACUGCGCCAAGUUUCGCGGAGUCGUUCCGGCGAAACCGCCGAAAAACUAUCGGCUGUGCGAUGACUUAUUCGACUUGGCAGUGGCUUUGAUCGUUUUGCUGCUGACUCUCUUAAGUGUCAGGAAGCUGAUUAGUGCCGCUUGUCAUCGG